AUGGAUGUUUGGAAGAUUACACUAGAGGCAAUCGAGCAGUACCUUCACUUCCAAGCGAGCCCAAGGAGAGCUGAGGGAAUUCCAUCACUGGAGGAGUAUUCCUGUUGGCAUGUGAGUCAUGUCAAGAAGUUGACAAGCGGGCUCGAAGCCGAAGUGGAGGGUAGCUGGGAGAAGGAUCGUCAGGAGGACCGAAGAUACCCAAGGAGGAUGAAACAUCUAGAAGAGAAGAAUCCUGAUCUCACCGAUGCCUUCAAGAGCGUGCUGUAUGCCGGAAAGGUCUCUCUAGAGAUGCUGUCUGGACCCCUUCAAGAUUUCCGAGAUGGAAUUAGACAGCGAGCACUGAGCCCCGUUCUCACGGAGGACAUAUGCGAAGGUCUGCAGAAGAAUCUGGUGGGAAAAACUUUCAACAAGCUGGCUGAACUUCGAGCUGAAGGUUCACUUUGGAAUCAUGUCCUCGAUCGAAUGACCAAGCUGACUCAUCCAGGUCCCUUCACCAUCGCUCUCAUCGGCAAAGGCGACACUGACAGCGACGUCCUCGUCUUCGACGCGCGCGGCUUCAAGGAAUGCGGAGAAUUCGAUCACCAAGAGAUUUUGAACAUGAUCGAUUGUGUUGGUGUGGACCUCUUGCUUUACGUCGUCGAUGCAUCAUCAGGAGACCUUACCGACUACUUGGAGUUCGACAAAUAUAUCCGAGAGUACAAGUGGAGCGAUGCUCCUCGUGCAGUGUUCACGAGGAUGAUGGAGAUGGAGAUGAGCGAAGUCAAGAGCGAGACGCAGUUGUCAACAAGCGAGUUUAGACUGCUGCUGGGAAAGUCCAGUUUCCUCAGAGAGGCGAUGAAAGUAAGUGGAGCGACGAUAAGUUUGGAGUCGGAGGCGAUGGAAACGGGAGGCAAGAUUGUAGCGGAAGGAACGCGCGCUCAGCUGGCAGAGGUCAGGAACCACCUCGAACUCGCUGCGACUGAGAGCUUCAAAGGGACAACUCGGCGAACGAUCAUGCGAGGCAUCAUGGGAACGAAGUUGGACAGACGCUUGGAAGCUGCUGGAAGGCUGCUGGACUUUUCGGAGGAGACAGAUUUGCCUAUCUUGUGGACAUCAUGCGGGAAGAGCUUCCACGAGUUCAGCGACGCUACCGCGUCCUCCCUCGUCCGAGCAAUUCUCCGUUAA